UUCCAUCGCAAGUUCGCAGCUGACAGCCUCAGGUGGGCGAUGCGAACACAAGCUUGACAUCCAAGCAGCCUUGCCGCGACAAAAUUCUUGCUGGCGGAGUCUUUGCUGUCGAGGCCGACGAUUUUCUCAACGGUUUUUGGUUUUUUGUUUCACUCUUCCAGUGUUAUCUCUUUUCACUUCUUACACUCUCUGCUGAAACAAUAAUUUCCACAUCCUACACUCUCUACCUACCCCUUUCGCGCAAACGUAGUCCCGACGACAGCAAUACAGACACGACGUUACCACCAUCACGGCUAUAUAGCACAGUUAUUGGCGACUUUUCCUCUUAUUCACUAUGGUUUCGCUCUGGCCAUGGGGGAGAGACGACUCUUCCCCCGCGUCUUUUGAAAAGGCGCUCUCGACUCUUUCGACCAAAAUAACGGUAACCCAAACUCGCCUCGAUCAAUCCCGCGCGAAAGCCAGACGGAUCAAGGUGCUGGGUACGCUUUACAUCGGUUUCGCCUACCUUGUUUAUGCGAUUGUCUUGAUGCUGGUGGUUGGUUACAAGGACAUGGGGGCAUGGGAGUGGACGGGCAUGGCGGGAGGGCCGGUCUUGAUUUCGCUGGUCCGCUCGAUUACGACCAUUUUCUUUGAUUACCGAAUCGAGAGGCUCACUGCGCGCCUCAAGGAGUAUCAGACUGAACGCGCCAAAACCAUCCAGAAACUAAAGGAUGCUACCAAGUACGAUUCGACGCUCGAGCUGCUCGAGAAGUACGGCGGCUCCGACAACAAACAGAAGAAGAACAAGAAGAAGACGUCCGAGGAGGAGGAAGACGAAGGUGCUGGCGCUGUCAAAGAACAGCCACAACCCAGGCAUCAUGCUCGUACGGGACUGCCGCCCCCGCCCACAGCAAAUAUCCAGCGCCGUCCAGAGUCCAGUGCCGGUGCACCUGCACCACACUCUAGGGUGCCAAGUUCAGUAUAUGGAGCACCAAGCCAACGGUCUCCCAGCCCCAUGAUCAGUGAGGCGGCCGAGUUCGCGCCAAAUGCUUUUGAAGGGAGAGCUCCCCCGCCGUUCCUACAGCAUCCACCUGCCACGAUGGCCCCUCCUCCCGAGCCGCACUGGUACGAUCGCAUUCUGGACACCUUGUUGGGGGAAGACGAGACGGCCGCCAAGAACAGAAUUGUCUUGAUCUGCGCGAAGUGCCGGCUUGUCAACGGCCAGGCACCACCAGGAACGAAAUCAUUGGCUGAGAUUGGAAAAUGGAAGUGCAUGGCAUGUGGGGCGACCAAUGGCGAGAUAGACGAGGGGAAGCGCAUCGUGCAGGAGGUACUUGGAGGAAGGGGAACAAAGGCGGACUCCAUUGCCGGAACCACCGAUGAUGAAGGCGGACAGAGCUCCAGCGAGAUUGUCGAGGUAGAGCAGGAUCUGUCCACCGAACCUCAGGAACUGUCCGUGAGGAAGAGAGCGAAGAGGGGGCAGUGAUGAUCGAGUGCUA